CCCGCCCUGCUUAAUGUUAGCAGGGGGAUUUCCUGUAAACGGCUUGCGGCUGCCUCCCUCCUAAGAGGAUUGGAAAAAAGCCCACUUUCUGUCUUGUUUGCUGUCGUCCUGUCGGUGUCUCAGCAGUUUCCACCUACUGGAAGUGAAACUGAAAACCUGAGAACUGAGGGGGCGAGCACCCAGCAGAGAGAGCUGAAACAUGAGCACCGGAGUGGGCAUCGACUACAGCGCCUGGGAUCACAUCUAUGUGUCCGACGACGAAGAUGUGACCAGCCCGUACGUCGACACGCAGAGCUUGUACAGAAUGAGACACCGGGCCCGACUGGAGAGAAUGGCUGACUUUCAGCAGAGAGGGGAUGACCUGGAGAAUAGCAUUGCAGAAUGCAAGAGGUUAUUAGAGGAAGCCCGGGGGCGACUUAAAGAGCUGGAAGAGGGAAUGAAUGAGGGAGAGGAGGAUGAGGAGAGAGAGGCUGAGCUGAAGAAAGUCCAGGCUGAGGUGAGAAAACUGAAGAAGGAUGAAAAGAUGUUUGAGAAAAUGAUUGAAGAACACAGACGAGAGGAAAAGAAACUGCCCUGGGAUGUCGACACUAUAAGCAAAGAAGGUUUCAGCAAGAGCGUACUAAACAUCAAGCCUAUACAAAAGGAGGAAACGCAAGAGGAAAAGGUGGAGAAGCAUAAGACCUUUGUGGAGAUGUAUGCAAAGGAAAUCAAACACUUUGGUAUGUUGCGGCGCUGUGACGACAGUCAGAAGUAUCUGUCAGACAACCCACAUCUGGUGUGUGAAGAGACAGCCAAUUGCCUUGUUGUCUUCUGUAUUGACUUUGAGAUAGAUGAGAAACAUGCACUGAUGGAGCAGGUGGCCCACCAGGCCAUAGUCAUGAAGUUUAUCUUGGAUUUGGCUGGGACGCUUGCGGUUGACCCAAGAGGCUGCUUCAGACAGUUCUUCUCAAAGAUCAAGACUGCAGACAAGCCUUACCAAGACGCGUUUGACCACGAGCUGGAAAUGUUGAAAGCACGGGUCCGCAGCUGUGCACAGAUUCGUAUGGAGAGCGCAAUGAAGGAGCUGGAGGAAGAAGAGAAGCAGAAGAGACUGGGCCCAGGUGGUUUAGACCCUCUAGAGGUCUAUGAAUCUCUGCCAAAGGAAAUACAGAAGAGCUUUGAUGGGAAGAACGUUCAGAUGCUGCAGGAAGCUAUCAACAAACUGGACCCUGAGGAAGGAAAAUACCACCUGAGAAGGUGUAUUGACUCUGGACUGUGGGUGCCUGAUCCAGGAGAGGAGGAGGAGGAUGAUGAUGAUGGUGAUGGUGAUGAUGAUGAUGAUGAUGAUGAUGAAGAUAAAUAAGAAUGAAUGACAAAAAGCUGUGGCAUCAAUUGAGUCAUAUCAUCACUUUAUUUCUUGUUAGCUGACGAUGAAUGUUGACAAGUAAAUCUUUAUAUAUAUCUUUAUAUAUAUAUCUAUGUAUAUAUUCAGUAAACAUAUGGACUAAACCAUCAUGUCAUUUACAAGACCGGCAGUGUUCAGUUUGCCAAUGCACUGUGUUACCUCGCUUUAUUAAUUUAAGACCAUCAACUGAGUAAUUUGUAAUCAAUAUCAGCUGAUAUACGUUAGCUCUUAAUUAAAUGGAGCAUUCUGAAACAAAGUGUGCUCAAUAUUCAGACAGUCAUACUCCAGUUUGUGUCCAAACAUCUCACAGAAGGAUACAAAAAUCCCACAUAAAUAUGAAUUAGGUGAAUUUUGAUCAAGUUGCUUUUUUGUUGAGUGUCAGAUGUUUUCAUUAAAUUAGUGGAAGUGUCAUUUAGUAUUGUCUAUUGUUGUUUUCAGGGUGUACCCUAUUAUGGUAGGAACUGCUGAUAGAGCAAAAUCAGCUGAUGCUUACUUAAUGUAGAUCACGUGUAUGUGUCAGUCGAUAAGUAACAAGAAAUUACAGUAUAGAAAUGCCAAAUAGAUCUUUGAUAUCUUUAAACUAAUCCUCAGAACUGUAACUGUAAUUCCUAAAUAACAAUGUUGAUAAUCCAGUAUUGGAGGGACUCAGAGUUAAGAUUCAAAUUGGUUUAUGCCACAAUUAGGAAUGCAACUAAUUAUCUUAUAAUAACAUAUAAUAAUAUUGAUUAAUCUGCAGUAGCUGAUAUGCAAAAGAGUGCUUGCAGUGAUUUCAAAGAGUAAAGCAGAAACAUUUUUUUAAAAGCUGAAACUAGAGAAUCUGACAUUCGUAUGUCAUACAUGAAAAAUGGCAAAAAUGAAAAGAUGUCAACAAAAAAUAAUUCAACCUGGAUCAGAACAAAUCCAACAUCAGGUCAUUGUUAACAACACAACACGUCUUAUAAUAUCACAGACUGCAGCAACCAUCACAUUGUACCCCCUCUCAUCCUCUCAUCCUUGCCUGCCAGGGGACUUUCCCAUGAUGCACUGUGCUCUUUUUUCUGAAAUGAUAAAAUCAAUGACAAAAUAAACAAAUUCAGUAGAUCGAGGAAUUAGUAGAGAAAUAGUUUGGUCUCUGAAACUGAUGUAAAGAUACAAGAACAGAGUCAAAUAGUUUUAUCGUUGCAUCUUUGUUAUGUAAGAUUUACAUGUAUGUAUAAUGUAUGACAAUAUGCUGUUUUAUUUCAUAUUUACCUUUAAAGUUGUGAGACUAUGUACAACAUUUGUGUUGUAGAACUUGAACAAUA